CGUAUCGUUUGUUGCGGCUUGGGCUCCUGGGGAACGUGUUUUGCAUCGCUCUCCGUCAGUAUUUGCAUCUCUCUUGUUCAACCGUCUAACUUAGCCUAUUGUUUUAUAUAUUUUUUGCGGACAUUAUCAUAUUACAAGUCUGCAAAAGCACGAUCCAUUGAAACGUGAAGAGUGCGUUCAACUUGGAGUAUAGUGUACUCAAAGCGAACACAAUAUAGGCGUGUAUCUCUGUUACCGGUAGGUAACAUUUAAAUGGUUUAUUUUUCGUCGUUAACGUCCACUUUUUUUCUUCAUCGAUCAUUGAUCAUUCGUUUGGGAAAGACGUCAUGUCAGAGGUGAUGCCUUACAAAGAGGAAAACAUGUCUCACUAUGAAGGUAAGGAGGAGGAGGGACAAAUCUCCAUCACCUGUCGCCUGCAGGAUACCAAUAACUUCUUUGGCACUGCUCAGAAUAAAAGACCCCCUAAACUGGGGCAAAUUGGGAGAAGCAAACGAGUUGUCAUUGAAGAUGACAGCACAGAAAAUGUGCCCAAAAAUGCAAUGGAAAAGGCACCAGAUGAUGUCUGAAAUAGUUUGAAGGAUGCUGAAUGAUCACUCGCUCCGCACCACCCUCCCUCAACAAAAAAGCACUUUUCUGAAUAUGUGGUAUUCACUGUGUAAUCAGUGGCCCCAGUUGUUUACUGCUGCUGACUCUGAAACAGAAAAUAGUUUAACAGACUUCACCCUGCUCUUCUUCUCAAGAAUGUGCAAUAGAUGGGGUUUCAUGACUCCUUAUUGAUUAUUCAAAGGGAAUACAACUCAAUUUAAAGGCAAUGUUGUAAUAUGUACUUGACAGAAAACAAAUCCAAACACUCUUUGUGUAUUGCCUGAUCCCUUUCUUACUGUCCUGUGUCUUGUAAACAUUUAAAUGACGUGCACAAUGAAUGGCCAAAUGCCAUGUUUGAGUUAUUAACAUAUUCAAUACCUUUUGGAUACUGUUUUUACAGUGAUGAAAGAACAACUUGUUUUUUAUAGGAUGACAAAUGAAGGACUACCUUUUUUAAUGCUAAAACAUUUUGCUGUUGCUAUUUGUACCUAUGUUGUUGCUAUACAGUACUGCCUGCUCAUCAUGAAGUAAAAAGCUUAUUUUUAUAUAUUAGGCAGCUGGAAUAAUGUGGAUUUACUUCUUCCUGUUUGUGGUGAUUGUAACAGUUAAACCACUUGCUAGUACAUUACUGUUCUGAGGAAUUUUAAGACUGCAGUGCCAAAUAUUUCAGAAGAUGCCAGUUCUAACAAUUCCAAUCAGGCCCCUGUUCAAUAAUGAAUGAAGGCAAUCAGCACUGAGUUUCACUUUACUUAAAUGUUUGUGUCAAUGUACCACAACUCUGUCUGUGCUGUCAAUGUAAUCAUAACGAUAAUUUAAGUUUGCUGUGGGCUGAUUCACAAUGCUUCUUGCCUUUAUUAAUUAACUGGGGUAUUCCUCUCAGUUUUCUGGUGCACAGUCCUGGUUGUCCUGUUUGUUACAGGGCUGUUUCAUAUUUAUCUGCCUUUGCAUGAAACAGGCAGAAAUGUGUCAGUAACAAAACUAAUAUACAGUACAGUACACAAGUCAAUGUGUGGUUUGCAACUUUGUACAGGAUGACAGACCUCAAGAGUAUUGUAUUUGUUGCAAUUAUUUACGAAACAGGGCUAUGUCUGUAUUGUAGAAUAAAAUUAAUAAAA